CUCUCGAUUCUCGAAAUUUAUUCCGCCAGGCGACUGCUAGCAUUGGAGUCCGUACAACAGAGGGGGCCUCUAGCUCCUAAGAUACAUCAAUAUGCUCUCGGAGAAGUAUAUCGGCCUAAUUUUGGCCAUUCUAUCAACGAUGGCAAUAGGCACAAGUUUUGUUAUUACAAAAAAGGGAUUAACACACGCAUCCGAACAACAUGGUUUUGAGGGAGAAGGAUUCUCAUAUUUGAAAAGCCCCAUUUGGUGGGGUGGUGUUAUCACAUUGGCCAUUGGAGAAGUCGCAAACUUCGCAGCGUACGCCUUUGCGCCUGCAAUCCUCGUGACGCCUUUAGGCGCAUUAAGUGUCUUAAUAGGUGCGGUCCUUGGUUCCUACUUUCUCGAUGAGAGACUGGGCACAUUGGGUAAAAUGGGAUGUGCUUUGUGCCUUCUGGGCUCAGUGGUGAUCGUCCUUCAUGCGCCUCCGGAUAAGCCUGUCGAGACGAUCGAAGAAAUUCUGCACUAUGCUCUCCAACCAGGAUUUCUGCUCUAUUGUCUUGCGGUAGCCAUUUUCUCGACUGUCAUGAUCUACCGAGUUGCGCCCGUUUACGGCAAAAAGAACCCCCUCAUUUUUAUUUCGAUCUGUUCCACCGUCGGUUCAGUCUCCGUCAUGUCCGUCAAGGCUUUUGGCAUUGCCCUGAAGCUUACACUUGGUGGCAAUAAUCAGUUUACGCAUGCGUCGACCUAUGUUUUUAUGAUUGUCACGGCCUUCUGUAUCCUCACUCAGAUGAACUAUUUCAACAAGGCCCUGAAUCAAUUUUCUACUUCGAUCGUAAAUCCCCUGUAUUAUGUGACGUUCACUACAGCCACAUUGUGCGCUUCCUUCAUUCUUUUCAAGGGAUUCAACACGACGGAUGCGGUCAACACAAUCUCGCUGCUGUGCGGGUUUCUCAUUAUCUUCUCCGGCGUCUAUCUUUUGAACCUUUCCCGACAUGACCCGGAUGGACGGCAGAUGUUGAACUCCAAGCUGGAUGAUGAAGGGGUACCUACCGAUGGAAUCGCAAGCUUUCAGACUCGCCGAUCGAUGCAGUCCCGGCGGAGCAAUGAGCCCCAUCGUCGAAGCUCAUCCAGCAUUGCUUUCCUGAAUGGCAAUGGAGACCGUGAAGGCUUGAUCCACGCUUACGAUGUCGAGAACCAAGCGUACGGUCUGACGGAAUUGACUGAAGAGAGCGACGGAGAGCCAGGGCCCACGUACAAGAAUAAACGUAGCGACGAUCUAGAGCGCACCUCCCAUCAGCCCAAUAAGCAUGACGAGCGAUAGUAUGACGGACUCUCUUUUCUUUUUUUCUUUUCUUUUAUCUGCUUGUUAUAAAUCACGACGAGGUUACUGCUGUUACGUUUUCUUUUCUCCCAUUCGCUUUUUACCCACUUAGUCAUGCGUUGCUACUGGCACCAUUCGACCCGAGAAUAUUGCUUUAUGGCUGCAUUGUACUUUUAUUUCUCUUGAAGCGUAAGAAAAUAUACCAGGGUUGGGGAUCAGGGAUGCUCAUGAGUCAUUUGAACUGGAUUGGACAAAUUUCUUUUUUGGUUGCUUUUCUUUUCUUUUCUUUAUGCCCCCUUGGCUGAGGUUAGAAAGGAAAUGGUUGUCUGCGACAAACAGGAUUGUACAUACGCAUUAUUGUCAAUUUUGAGAUAGAUAUUGUGCAUUUCCUUUUCCAUUUAGAAACAGUUGGGACUUGGAGAUAUUUAAGGAU